GUGGUGGUCAUGAUCCGUUGCUUGUCUUGGAUGGUUACGAGGACGAUGGUAUUCGACUCAAAUGUUUCUCUGAGAGGUUGUUUGCUGAAGUCCAGGUGUUGUGGACAGAUGGUGGAGGAGACAAUGUCACUGGGACUCCUGUCACCACCAGCACCACCACUGCUAAAGCCAGCAGCUCCAUCGUUCUGAAACCAGGAUCUGGAAAAUCUGUGUCCUGCAAAAUAAUUGAUAAGCUGCUGAAAACAUCAACAGAAUCUUCAGUUGUCAUUGCAGAGUUCAGGAGAGCUCGUAGCAAAGCAGUUAAUAUCGUUCUGGAUGAGAACUGCAAACAUCCCAGCCUGACCAUAAAGGAGAAAAACAAAAUCAUGUCCUCCACCCAGAACGAGAUCCUGCCCAAAGCACUAGUGGUAGCAACUGAAGGGUUUUCAGAAAAGAAACAUUAUUGGGAAGUGGAGGUGGGGGACAAAUUGGAGUGGGAGCUGGGUGUGGUGUGUGAAGAAAUUAGAAAUACACUGAAGAGCAACACAACAAAUACUUUCCCAAAGGGGACUUUGCUCAGUCUGCAGUUUUCUCAGGGAAAAUACAGCUUAACUGGUGGGAAGGAUGUAAGAAAGUACAAGCCCUGCAGCGUGGUAGGUGUUUUCCUGGAUCAGGAACUUCACAAGCUUUCAUUCUUUGAUGUUGAAGAAAAGUGCCUUCUCGAGUCUCUCACUUUUGAGGUUUCUGGGAAGCUCUACCCAUUCUUCAGAUCAGGCUCUGAUGGCAAAUGGUUGGGAGUACGCCCUGUAUACAUUCAAAACACACUACCCUCUGUGUGA